AUGGCUCCGCCUACUCAUUUCACGCUCAACACGGGAGCCCAGAUUCCUGCUGUCGGCCUCGGCACCUGGAAAUCUGAACCUGGAGCCGUUUCAAGGGCCGUAGCCUUUGCUCUUAAGGAUGGAUAUCGUCACAUUGAUACGGCACUAAUCUAUGGCAAUGAGAAUGAAGUUGGUCAGGGCAUCAGAGAUAGCGGCGUCCCACGUGAAGAGAUUUUCAUCACCAGCAAGCUUUGGAACACUCACCACCCUAAUGUCAAAGACGGGCUGCAAAAGACCCUCGACGCUCUAGGCGUGGAAUACCUUGAUCUCUACCUUAUCCACUGGCCUGUUAGGUUGAUCCCUAACGAGACAAGCGAGCUCCUUCCCGUGAACCCGGACGGCACUCGGUCGGUGGACCGAUCGUGGGACCAGAAUGAGACCUGGCGCCAGAUGGAAGAGGUCUACAGGUCAGGCAAGGUCAAGGCGAUCGGCGUUGCCAAUUGGUCAAUCCCCUAUCUGGAGGAGCUUCGCAAGAAGUGGGCAGUAGUGCCCGCCGUGAAUCAAGUCGAGCUGCACCCUUUUCUCCCUCAGCACGAACUCAAAGAGUACUGUGAUAAGUUCGGCAUUCUUCUCGAAGCAUAUUCGCCGCUUGGUUCCACUGGUGCGCCGAUCAUGCUGGAUCCCGAGAUCCAGAAAUGUGCCGAGAAAAACGGCGUCUCGGCUGCCACGAUCCUCAUCAGCUACCACAUCAACAAGGGCGUUGUUGUGCUUCCCAAAUCUGUGACGGAAAAGCGCAUUUCUAGUAACAAAGAGGUCAUUACGCUCUCCAAAGAAGAUUUGGCUAUGCUUGACGGUCUGGCUGCCAAAGGCAAGGCCAGGCGCUUAAACACACCUCUGUGGGGCUUCGAUCUUGGUUUCGCAGACUGGUACGGCCCUGUUGAGCCGCAGUGA